UUUGUGGGCGCUGGGCGCCCGAGUGAUGGUCGGCGCCGCCCCCAGCGGUGAUUCGGUGGCCUUCAUUCUCGAUAUACGACGUCCCAUGGCGCUGCUGCAGCUCAAGAAGCGCCGGCUCCUCGACGACGACUGCAGCCAGGACGAUGACCAGCAAGCGACGACGCAGGUGGCCAAGCGGCCCUGCGUCCGGCCCAACCCCGUCCUGCAGACCGAGAAGAUGCAGUCGGUGCUGCGCGGCCUGCGCCAUGUCGCGACCUGCGCCGGCUGCGACAAUAAGCUCUGCGCCUCGACGCUCGCCUUUGUCAAGAAGGUAGAGCUGCACCUCGCAACGCAGCCCGCAGGCCACGACCGCAGUGCCUGCGCGGCGUGCAAGCUCUGGACCAUGAUCGUGCAGGACCAUGCGGCCGACUGCGCCCAAGCGCGCUGCCUCGUACCCCUCUGUGCCACCUACCGCCGCCGGCGCGACGACCCACCGAUAUAGUCGACCCCAUGGGACUACGCGCGAUCCUCAUAUCGUCGUCGUCGCUCCUGUGCCUUCGCCGCGCCGCCCAAUCCUUUCCUGUACAGCGACCGACCUGCCCGAUUCUUGGCACGACCUGUGUACAGACUCCGCCGCAUGCAGACAAUCGGCGAGCAGGCCUCAAACGCGCGACGAGGCGACCCACGACCACCAAGAUGAAGAUACCAGACGAGAAAGAGUGUGUGGGCGAGCAAAUAUAAAUGACGCAAUAGAGAUCACGGACGUUCGUAGUCCGACAAACCGCUACUGCUCAUACUA